UUAAACCCUAGGGUUCCCAGUUCUAUCGCUUGUCUUGUGUUCUCUGAGCUGAAGUAAUUGUUUAGGUUUAACAAAUUGUGAGGAUGUAUCUUCAGUUCUACAUAAACGAGAAUGGCGAUAAAGUCUACACCACUAAGAAGGAAUCACCUUCAGGUAUUCCUACUCAAUCUGCUCAUCCAGCCCGGUUUUCCCCUGAUGACAAAUUCUCGAGGCAAAGAGUUCUUUUGAAGAAGCGAUUUGGACUUUUGCCCACUCAGAAGCCGCCUCUCAAGUACUGAAAUUUUAUUUAAGGAGCGUAGAGCGUUGGUGUAUCAUUUGGAGCUAUUUUAAUUUGGAACUUUAUAUUUAAAUGGUAGGGUUUUCAAAUGUUUCAUCUUUCUAUGGUUGUGUAAUGUAGCAGGGAAUAGUUGUAUGUUAAUGUUGGAUCGAUGAUUGAUUGAAAAAUAUAUUAUUAACAAUCAAGUAUGUCAUACUAGCUUAAUAUGUGUGGGUACCUCUGCGUUUUUCAUUCAUG